AUGCUGAAAAUAUCCGGAGCGACACUUUGCCUUUGUUUGUUGACUGUGUUGCGGUCAACUGUUUUCUUGGGGACUUGCUCACCGGUUGAAGUUACAAAUUUUGACAAGGAUGCUUUCACCAUCAAGCACGUGAGUACGGGGGAGUGCCUGGGCACGGGGACUUCAUCAGACUUGAGUCUCACCUCAUGCGGCGCGGACAACAGGUCCAAUCUGUGGAAGUGGGGUUCGGGUCACCGGCUCUUCCACGUGGCCACGUCCCUCUGCUUGGCGUUGGACGUGCGCAGCAAGUCCUUGGCCCUGGUCGACUGUGGCUCCAACAUUCUGCUAUGGUGGCGUUGCCUGGAAGGAGCUGUUUACACCGUUUACGAGAUGGGCCUGGUGGUCAGCGAUGGCAAAGUUGUAGCCAAACGCGACACUCUUGAUAACUGGCUACGAGAAGGAUCCCAGGACAACAUCUGCCAGAGGUCAUAUCAUGUCGUUCACUCCACCAGUGGGAACUCUGCCGGCGCUCCCUGUGAGUUCCCUUUCAAGUACAAUGGCAGCUGGUAUCAUGGAUGCCUCCCGGAUGCAGAUUUCCCUGGACUGUCCUGGUGUGGCACCACAUCGGACUAUGACCAAGACAGAAAGAUGGGACACUGUCUAAUUCCUGAGGAGGGAUGCCAGACUCUGUUUGCCGGGCCGGAAGGGGAUUUCUGCUAUGAGUUUGUUUCCAGUGCCGCAGUGUCCUGGCAGGAAGCUUUGGAUUCAUGUCGUAGUCAGGGAGCUGAUCUCCUGAGUAUUUCUGGGCCAGACGAUCUCCACUCCAUGACCUUUUUGGAAGGCCUCGACAGAAUGCCUGAGAGGAUGUGGAUCGGCCUCCACCAAUUAGACACUUCUCAGGGCUGGCAGUGGUCUGAUGGAUCCCCUCUCUCCGUCCUGCGCUGGGAAACGGGAAUGCCAUCCUUCUCCAUGAUUAUCGAGACAGACUGUGGAGUACUGAACUCUAAACGCAACUAUGAAUCUGAGUCGUGCAACAAACGACUGCCGUACAUCUGCAAGAAGAGUGUCAAUGCCUCCCACACAGCAGCAGCACCAGAGCCUUUUGCAUAUAAAGAAACGGUGUGUGCGGAAGGUUGGGUCCCGUGGAACGGCUGGUGUUACAAGUUAGUGAAGGACAAACCUCAAACCUUUACAGAUGCCAUAAAGCACUGUAACAACACAGAGGGAGGCUCUCUGGCCAGCCUUCACUCCAUCGACAUCAAAGAGAUGAUCAGCACUAAUUUCCAUGCCGAUAACAAGUUUUUGGAUGUGUGGAUCGGUCUGCAAGGUUUCGGCAUAAAUACCACCGUCCUCAAGUGGAUUGACCAAGCGCCCGUCACCUUCACCUACUGGGGCAUAAACCAACCAUCCAGGCCCACUCAGGAAAUCAGCUGUGUCUCUUACACUGGAGAGUCUCAUGCUUGGAGGUUUUCGGACUGCUCACACAUGCUACCUUUUAUGUGUCAGAAGAAAGGAAAGGUCCAGGAAUCGGUGACACAGGACGGAUGUCCAUAUAAAGAUGGUUGGAGGAGACACGGUAACUCCUGCUUUCAAGUGAACACCAAACAAGUAUCCUUCAAAGAUCGCUGUAACGUCACUAUACGAAACAGAUUCGAGCAGGCCUUUAUCAGUCGUCUGCUCAGAGAGCAUAUCAGCAAGGAGCCUCAGUAUUUUUGGAUAGGGCUGCAGGACAUUAAGAACACAAGGGAGUACCAGUGGCUGAGCCAAGAUGGGUCCUCAGGUGUGGUUACAUACACCAACUGGGGCUGGUUUGAACCAAAUCUGGAUGGAGCUUGUGCAGUUAUUUCCACUGCAAAACCCAUAGGCAAGUGGGAAGUGAAGAACUGUACCACUUUUAAGGCCGGCACCAUUUGUAGAAAAGACCUCGGUCCACCUCCAGAACCAGAACCAGAGCCGAACCCCAACGCAACCUGUCCUAUUGGAUGGACGUCCAAGCCAAACAUCAAAUACUGCUACAAGGUGUUUCACAGCGAAAGGGUGAGCAGGAAGCGCUCGUGGGAGGAGGCUGAGAGGUUCUGUCGGGCUCUGGGAGCCAGCCUGCCCAGCUUCACAAAUAUUGUUGAGAUGAGAGCCCUGCACACCAUCAUGAGAGAAACCAUCAGUGAUAAUCGGUACUUCUGGGUCGGCCUGAAUAGGAGAAACCCGGCCGAUCGCUCCUGGCAGUGGAGCAAUGGGCAGCCUGUAUCUGUGGAUGUUUUACACCAUGAUUUCCAUGAGGAUGAUGAAUACAGUCGGGAUUGUGCUGCAUUCAAGACAAUGAAGAGCACCUUGAAACACCUGUUUGUGUUUCUGCUCCACGACUUACCCCCCACUCCUUUCUUCUCCACGCCAUUUCACUGUGACGCCAGGCUAGAGUGGGCCUGCCAAAUACCCCGCGGAAAGACACCGAAGAACCCAGACUGGUAUAAUCCCGUUGGGCACCAUGAGACAUCGAUCUUUGUAGAUGGGGCAGAGUUUUGGUUCGUUGAUGAGCCUAAGCUUUCUUUUGAGGAGGCCAAGGACUAUUGCAAAUCGAAUGGCAGCAAACUGGCUUCACCGCUUAGCUUAACCGCUGCUGGACAGGUUCACCAGUACUUAAAAAAUAUAUCAAGUUCUCCAAAGCAAAACUGGUGGAUCGAUUUGAGAAACCCCAGCCAGAUAUUCCCCAUGACGUACACCCAGAUCUACUUUUAUCAUUCACUUUUCCUGGGCAGAUGCACCUCCAUCAGUCCUGAAAACUUCUUUCCAGAGCAUGAGCGCAGUUGCUUGGAACGAUUGCCCUUUGUGUGUCAGAAACACAACGUCACAUCAGUGGAGAUAAACCCUCUGGAGCCUCAGCCUGGAGGACUGCCGUGUGGCAAUGGGUCUCUGUCCUUCAGAAAUAAGUGCUACACACUGAUGAGGAGCUUGAAGCCAGUGACGUUCAAGUAUGCCAAUGAGCUAUGCCAGUCAGUGAGGGGAACCCUGGUCACUAUAUCGGACCAGGUGGAACAAGACUUCAUCACCACCCUUUUGCCGGGCAUGAGAAACAUGGACACGAUAUGGAUUGGUCUGAAAAUCAAAAGUGACGACCAUGAGUGGAUGGAUCAGUCCGAUGUUAAAUACACCAAUUUUAACCCACUGCUUGUUGGCAUGCACAAGACCAUGAACAUCAACCCAUGGGAUCCAGAGAGUACAAAUUUUUGCGUGUUUAUGAUGAAUAAUCCCAACACUGCCAUGCUGGGUACCUGGGAUUAUUCUUCGUGCUCACAACAGCAACACUUAUCUGUCUGCCAGCAUUAUGCAGAUAAACUAGAGGAGCCCGGCUACCCCACAAAGCCCUUCAACGUCAGUAACCACACCAUCCUGCUGCUUGUCAAAAAUCUCACCUGGUUUGAGGCGUUAGAGCAGUGCAGAAAUAAUAACAUGGACCUGGCAAGUGUGGCCGAUACCUUCCUGCAAUCCUCCCUCACUGUGCAUGUGAGCCGUGCGCGCACUCCCAUGUGGAUCGGCCUGUUUAGCGAAGACGAGGGGAUCCAUUACCGUUGGACUGACCACAGUCACACUGUGUUCAGCCGCUGGGCUUCUGAUGUCACCAUCGGUUCGUGCGUCUACCUGGACACAGAUGGCUUCUGGAAAGCUACCGAGUGUGAGGAAGGGCUAGGAGGUGCUAUCUGCCACAAACCACACAAAGAGAUCAUUACCACACCGGAGGAUGUUGCAGUGAAGUGCCCUCAUAAGAUUAAAGGUCCAAACUGGAUCCCCUUCAAGAACAACUGCUACUCGUUCCAGCUGGUCGCCUCCAGAUGGGAGCAGUUUGACAACGGACUGAUUCACGACACCUGCAAAAAACUCCACGCAGACGCAGACAUCCUUACCAUCCGAAACAGGGAGGAGAACGAGUUUAUUAAGCAGCAACUCAUACCGUUUAAAAAUUUGGUCCAGUUUGUUUGGCUGGGACUGUUUCAGGAUGAAAACGAUAACCAGAUGAAGUGGUAUGACGGCACAAAUGUUCAAUAUUCUAACUGGGCAAAAGGCAGACCAAAUCCAAACGGACCAUUCUUGGCUGGUCUCACCGUGGACAGCAACUGGAUUCUCAUCUCAAACCCAGACUUAUUCUCAGAGUUCAAACAAAGGACCAUUGUAACCUGCAAACUGGACAAUGAACCCAAACAAAAGUACAACCAGUCAAUCAAGGAUUUGCAGCACUACGGCAACUUAACUUAUGAGGUUUUAACCCAAAAGCUGAGUUGGUACAAGGCUCUGGAAGAGUGUGGUCAGCGUGGAGGCCACCUGGCAAGUGUCCACGACAUCCAGCACAGGUCACAUGUGAAGCUCAUUGCAGAGACAGACGGCUUCCCGCUCUGGAUUGGCCUGUCAAACCAGGAUGUUAGCGGCUCAACCUAUGAGUGGUCCGACGGUACUACAUUCGACUACAAAGCCACCAUCUCUGACUCACAGGACGACUCCAUCUCAGACAAACAAGAGCCCAGCUGUGUUUUCAUAACCCCUGCCGGAGCUUGGGUGAGAACCAGCUGCAAUACGUUGAUAAACGGAGCCAUCUGCUACACCACUACCAUCACCACCACUUCCCAGAGAGCCAGACUACAAGCUGCCCCAGAGGCCAAUCACUGCCCUCAGAGCAACGGUAUGUCCAAGUGGGUGCAGCACCAGGAUCACUGUUACGCCUUCAACAUGAGCUUCUACAACUACACCGUGUACAGCAUGGAGCAGGCCAAGGACAUCUGUCAGAGCAUGGAUGCUCAACUGCUGACCAUAAAAAGCACAGAGGAGAACGACUUUGUGUCAAAGUACAUGUAUAAUGAUCCUCUCAUCACCAGUCGAGUGUGGCUCGACAUGGUCCUCGAUGCUCAAGGUAAGGCGAAGUCCUGGCAGGAUGGCUCAGCUGUGGACUACUCUAACUGGAAUUCUGGGGUCUUGAAUACUGGGAAAAUGUCAGAGCCCCAAUGUGCUGUCAUGAUGGCGGGAGAUAAGGGAACCUGGAAUCUUGUCAACUGCAAAACUAGCCACAGUCGUGUUGUCUGCAAAACCGAAGCAAAGUCUGGAGGUUCGCCCGUUGCACUGGGUCUCUUCUUGGUCGUCCUCAUCGCUCUGCUUUUAACCAUCGGCUUCAUCGUCUACAAGAAGAAGAGACACCACUUCUCUUCUACCGUCCGCUACGAGAGGACAUUUAACGAAUUAGACACCACCAGUAUUAUAACAGAAGCUGACUGAGCUUGCUUAAGUAAUCAGCCUCAGGGAGUAUUGAUGUGCCUGCCUUGUGUGCAUUUUAGUUUUUCAGCAAGAGCAGAUGCAGCCCCCCCCCCCCUUUUUUUUUUAAUUAUUUAUUUAUCCUGCUCAAGCCUUCAAACUUUCUAGAAUUAUGUAUAAAACUGUAAAUAUUGUCGAGGAGUUGUGAAUAUCUGCCAAAACUCAGUUUCUUAAUUUGGGUUAUUUUAAAUUGUGUUUAUUAAGAAGCCCCCCGUUAUAGCGAAUAUUAAACUCGGGCUGAUUCUUUCUGGUAAAUAUUGAUCAGUAGUGACAUGUUCUAGUUUUUCUUUUCUUUUUUUAGAUUGUAAAAAGAUUUUGAGUUGAUUAACAGAGAUAUGCAACCUGAUGAAACACUCUCAUUUAGCCUUAUAGCCAGGGUUAAAUUGCACUGAUGUAUGACUCCAAACUAUCAGAAACAUUGAUACUGUAUACAUUACUCAAUCUAUUCCAGUUCUGAACUUCAUGGUUAUAGUUGAUCAAUACAUCACUAGACUCUGAAGAGGCCAGUCCACCUGAAAAAUACAGUAAAAGUUAUUUUUCUUUGACCUGCAGUGUGUGUGUGUGUGUGUGUGUGUAUGUGUAUGUGUAUGUGUAUGUGUAUGUGUGCGUGUGUGUG